AUGGAAGUCGGCGCGGCGGCUGCAGCCGCGGCGGGGGUGCAUCUGGCGGGUUACAACCGUGACAACUUCUUCCAGAACUUGCACCUCAGCCAAGCGCGGCGUUUUCAGAAGCAGCAGAUUGUGACGUCACAGGCGGAUCUGUUUCGCGCCGACGUGGAGCAAGCCAUUGGGGCCUCCACAGCGGUGCAGGACCGCCUGAUCGUGGUGUCCGCGUUGCUUCUCGGCGUUUCAGCGCACACGUUUGGCUUUCACAUUUCGGAGCAUACAACUGAGUUUCUGAACGUCCUGUUCUACCUGACCACUAGCGUCUCCUUUCUUUACUUCAUGCUCGCGCUCUUCGCGUCGAUCUGUGCCAACGUCUUGGCAAGGACCUGCCAGAAGGAGCUGCUCAAUCACUGCGUGCGGCCACCUUUCGAGGACAUGAUGAAGGCGAUCGAUGACGCCGCGGCGAACUUCAGCGCGGAGAACUUCGAGCGUCAAGGCCUGUCGACACUCUUCCGGGUUCCGGGUGUCCAGCGCUUCACCGAAAGGAAACCCACCGAAAGGAAAGGCACUGGUAAAAGCCAGGCCCCCCCAGCUGCAGAUACUUUCCUCAGUAGCGACAACUCGGACAUCGAGAACAGCGACUCCCUUGAGAAGCUGAUCUCGCAGCAGGUUUCCAACGAGCACCUCCUCCUGGAGAUGAAAGAAGAGUGGGAUGAACUGGCGACCUACACCCCCUACUUCCUGGUUUGGGGUCUCCGCAACCUCCUCACCUCCUUCGGCUUCUUCUUGCUUAGCCACUUCUACCUGGACUGGAAGCCGUAUGCCUUCCUCGGGCACCUCUUCUAUGUGAUCCUCACGCUGGGCCUCAGCGUCCUUUGCGAGAGGCUCAUGGCUACCUCCCGGGCGAUCUUCACGAUGGAGUCGCUCCUGUACCUCACUGGCCAGGCCCUCUCGUGGUACAUCGUCUAUCGGGAGAGGGAUGCUAUGACGGCCGACCAGAGCAACGAGACGAGCAUCCUCGUUGUCUACCUGUCGCAGCUGGCUAACGCCGUCUUCGCCUACCUGAGGUUCGUCUGGAAUGCGACGGACGCGCUCCGGUCCAUCAUGUCUCGGACAGAUGGCGGAGCUAGCGCCGUCUCGGCAAGCUUCGAGAGGGCCUCCACCAAUCUCUCGAUUGACUCUGCUGUGCCGAACCACGACCGUCUCAGUCUCAGGUGGCAGCAGCUCUCACGCGUUCGGCGUGCGGCGCGGCGGCUCUGCCAGUUUGGAAUCGGCGCGGUCAUUGCCGUGUGGAUGUGUGUCGUAGUUUACCAGGCCAUGCCGGCCUGGACGGCAGGGGCAGAGCCGCCCCAGAUGCGUGCACUGGCCGCCGUUGAGGUGAACGCUCCGAAGACCUCGGACGCGCUCGCCGCGGCUUCGUCUGAGCUUGUCACUGUUGCGGUGGAAAUGCACGGGCGACAGGAGCGACUGCGACACCUCGGCGCCCGAAAGCUGGGUGAGGUGCUGCGGACAGCCGGCUUCGCACCAACGUGGAGGGAGUGGCUCCAGGGAAAGCGCCUGGCAGUCUUCGACCCCAACGGCCGUGAGAUCUCCUCGGAGCUGCCGCUGGCGCAAGUCGGCGCCGAGGAGUUGCACGUUGUUGCAGAGGCACCCAUGCGGCUGUGA